AUGGACCUCAACCUCAUGCCACCGCCGCUGCCAGACACGCCGGCGUCUACAUCAAGGCACCCGCCAUCGCACACGCCGUCUGUCUUUGCCUCUUCUCCGCGCGUCGAGACUCCACGGCGCGACUCGGUCAUGCAGUCGUACGCGACGCAGGCCGGCAUGUCGUCGGACGUCAUUGACGAUCUCCUGCUCGUGUACGAGUCGUUCAUCCACCCCCACUGGCCGAUCCUGUACGUCCCCGCCCUGCCGUCGCUCCGCGCGCUCGAAACACAAUCGCCAUUGUUGUUCGACGCGGUACUGUCGCUCUCGUCUGCGAACUCGGACGUUCACCUAGGCAAGGAGCGUUUCCUGUCCUCGGUUGGCAAGUCACGCGCCGCGGGCGACUCGAUGGCGCAGGCCUGCAACAUCCUGCUUGAGAGCGUGAGACAGCGCAUCCUGGCGACGGUCAACGCGCGAGAGUACGCGCCCACGAUUGAGGAGGUUCAGAGCCUGGUCCUCGUCGCCCUCGUCGACCUCGGCUUCGGCCGCACAUCACUCGCGUACCAAAUGAGCGGUUUCGCCUGCCGUAUGGCAGUAGACCAGGGUCUGAACACGACUACCCCGCGGCCGUCUCCACCAUCCGUCCGGAAUCGCCGCCAGGGAAGGGAGGAGCACGAAAGGUCACGCACCGUGUGGAGCUGUUUCAUCGUCGACAAGAUCGUCUCGGCUGUUGCACAACGCGCCCCAUGCCUACGGGUAGUCGACAUGGACGUGCCACAGCCUAGCGUCAUGGAGAGAGACGAGCUAGACCUCUGGCUCGCGGGGCCCGGCCGGCAUCUCCUCGACCCGCGUAGCGUCGACGCCAUGGUCUGCAUGAAGUCACACACGUUGUCCUCGUUCAACUCGUGGUGCGACGUCAUGUCCAUCCUCGAGCUAAUCCUCGACCACAUCUACCGCCCAAGCACCCGCCGUGCGCGUAUGGAGGGCAGCCCAAUAGAAGGCUACGAGGACGCGGUUCUGCACAUCGACGCCGAGCUGUGGAAGUGGCGUCGCGGCCUUCCACCCCACCUCCAGUGGUCGGACGACGACCCCAGCGCACACUGGAACGUCGGCCAGCACCCGCUCACCGUCCGAGGAUGGUACUACCUCUGCAUGCUGCUGCUGCACCGUCCCCAGGUCCCCUACCUGGACAUUGACAGCCCCUCAGGCGGCAACACGGCAACCGGUGCACCCAGCGGCAACAGCGGUCGUGACCAAUCGCCCUCGUGUCGAUUUGUCAACGACCCCAUGGCAUCCUACAGAGUCCCCAAGGGCGUCGACGCCUCCAGGUUAGCGGCGACCGCCAUCUGCACUAUCAUGGAGUCGUACGAGCGUACCUUUCGCGUCCGCAAGUACUCCUCGUCGUGGUCGUACCUCGUCUUCCAGGCGGGUACGGUGCAUGCGGGCUUGGCAGCUCAUACGCCGGUCAACGAGCACGUCUCGCAGUCGGCGCGCGCCGAGUCGAUGCGUCGACUCGACCAGUGCAUUCGCUGGCUGGACCACAUCGCCCGGCAAUGGACGAGCGCUGGCCGGCACAUUGAGAUUCUGAGCAAGCUCGCCGCCAUCGGCCGCAACGCGGGUCUCCUGACGCAGGCGGAGAACAACCCCGAGGGCCAAGCGAGCAACCAAAAUACCCUCCCUCCCUUCUUUGUGGGGCAAAAUCCCUCGUCCUCGUCGCCAAGAACAUCGAUAUCGGCUCCCCCGCAGUUUGACCCGACUCAGCCUGGCGGACAGCCAAACUUCAACCUGGCCGGGGACCCCAACACGCAACUCCCCAGCCUGACCCCUGCACUCGACCUCAAUGGGUGGAUGAUGCUGUGGGCGUCGAUGCCUUCGGCCGGUGACGACAUUCAGCUCUGGCAACAGUGCUUCCCCGACCUGUCGUAA